GAAAAAUGCAUUUAAAAUUGUUUAAAUGCGAUCAAUGUACAUCGGAAUUCACGGCAAAACGUAAUUUAUCCGCUCACCGAAAAACGCACGAGGGUGUUCGUUUCCCGUGUACUAGAUGUGUCGUCACAUUCAGUAACAAGUCGAACCUCAAAAAACAUUUGAAAAAUAUUCAUGGUAAGUAUUUCUGUUUUCCACUUUAAAUAUUUAUAUAAUAUAUUUUUUACUAGGUAUCGUACGGGCCCCGAUUCAACAGAGAAAUAUUCGAAUCACGCCACAUACAGUCAUCCCCGAUAAUGCUCGUCGCGCCGUACAGCAUGGAAAUAUACAGAUCGCGCCGCAUGUAUUCGUCCCCAAUAUUCCAGCAGGGCCGUCACGAAAUACCACGGCAGCAGUGAUACCAACCCGAAAUGUCUGCUCAUCAACCGCGCGGGACUGCCUGACGGAAGCGCCCGCCCAAAACAUAUCAACAGCAGCACAACGAGAUAACAUGAUAUCAUCAGAGCGAGAUAACGCGAUAUCAGCAGCGGGAGAUAACGCGGUAUCAACAGCGGGAGAUAACGUGAUGGAGGACUUUUUAAACAACGUAGAUGACGAUGAUGAUUACGCGCAAGUUGCAGAUGUCUUUGAAGAUCUUGGAUUCUGUAAAAAGGAAGAUUCGUACACUACGCUUGAUAAUGGGAAACGUGUUUCCAGCGCAAACACUAAAUCUGCUGUUAGGGCAAAAAAAAUUCGCUUGAAUUUCGUAAAGUCUUCGGGAUUUACACUACUCUCUACGUCAUCAAACAAUACAAUCAGCUGGUAUUACGUAAAAAAUACCAACAAUAUUCAAAACUAUAUCUACUUCCUUGAUUCGAUUAAUCCGACUAUAAUUUAUGCAGAUUUCGAAGCAAUUCUCAAGAAAACUGACGAGAAAAUUGGGGAAAAAACUUCAGUUUUUCAAAAACAUGAGCCCAUGAGCUAUGGGUUUAUGGUUAAAGCGAAUGAAGAAAUACCCGUGGAACUACUUGAAAAAUUUGGAAUUCCAACUUCACCUGUAAUUUACCGUGGUAAUGAAAAUAAUAAA